AUGUCUUCAGCAGAACGUCUGGCCACUGAGCUCGAGCUCCUGGAGUCUAUGUAUCCAGAGCAGGUCAAAUACACGGAAAAGGGUCGCGAGCUCACAUACACCUCUGACACAGGGAGCUUAAAGCUUCGCCUGAGCGACGGGUACCUAGAGGACGCCCGUCCAGAAGUCGUCUCCGCCAGCAUUGGAAAAAGAGACAUCCGAGAUCAAAUCAAGCAACGCGUCAACGAAAGCGAGAUUGGCGAAGAAGUGCUGGACGCCAUUAUCAACGACUUCAUCGAGAUAUGCGAAACAAGCCACGUCAAUGAAGCAGACGACCAGAACUCAGCAGCAUCUACCCCUCAGCCUUCUAGGCACGCACCACCAGCAUCCUCGACAGUUAUCAUCUGGCUCCACCAUCUCCUCAAUACAAACAAGCGCAAACUAGCUCUCCACCCGGCAGACACCGUCUGUGGAAUCACUAAACCUGGAUACCCUGGUGUAUUGAUCUAUUCUGGCCCGGCGAAAGACGUGCAGGAGCAUGUCAAUGAGCUGAAAGCGCAGAAUUGGCAAGCCUUCCAGCCGAGGAUGGAGAGCGAUGAGCCCUGGAAAUUUAAGCAUGGGCGAGGGGUGAUUGAAGUGGAGGCGAUGAAAGAUGUGGUCGCGGACCUGGAAGAGGAGAGGAAAGAGGGUUUCCUGGAGGCUAUGAGGAUCAAGUAG